AGCCAAAAUUGAGAGCUCAAACAGUACACACAAUCACUCACUCUCACUCACUCCCUCUCUCUCUCUCUCCCCCUCUCUCUCUCACCCCAUAAGCGUGCCUUAUAGCUCUCAUUACCCUCUCAAACAAACAAACACCCACACUCAUCAAUGGCGAAUGUCAACUUUGUUUGCUUCUCAUAAUUUCUUGCUCUUCCCUUAGAGAGACAGAGAAAGCGAGAGAGAUUCUCAUCAAAGUCUUACUUGUAUACGUACAUACAUCUAUGUGAUUGAUAUAAAGGUUUUGCGCAUAUAUAUCUAAUGGAGAGGAAGAAGACUAAUAGUCACAAGCCAUCAUCAACAUCCCCGCACCUCCUCCACAACCCUUCCUUCUCCUCCUCUCUUCUCGACUCCAUCUACCGCUCCAUCGACGAGGAAGGCGGGGGCGGUUAUAAGGUUCCGGACGAAAUGGUCUCCUACAAAGGCUUAACCUUAACCGCGAGAAAGAAUCGAAGUGCCGGUUGUUCUUUCCGGGAGAAAGAGGAUGAGGAGGAAGGAUCAGAAGUGAAGGUUAAUAAUGAUUUCCGGAGAAUCGAGAAAUGGGUGAUGGAGAAGAGGAGAUCCAGCGAGAAGGCGGCCUUUGCUAGUCGGAAAUCUUCCUCGGCGGUGCUUUCGAGUUCGAACUCUAACUCGAGCUCGAGCUCGAGCUCCUCUGACUCUAGCUUUUGGUCCGGGGGUUUGUCUUCCUCGGAGUCAGAAUAUUCGUUUUACGGCCCAAAGUCAGUAUCUUCUUCAUCUUCUUCGUGUUACCCCACUCCGAGGCCAAAGCUGGUUCGGACAGAGAGGAACGCAAACGCUUCGUUGUCUCAAAAGUCGAAGAAGCGUCACGAUCACGAGGAAGUCUUUGCAAAGACGAAAUCAAAGGCAUUGAAAAUUUAUGCGGAGCUAAAGAAGGCAAAGGCGAAGCAGCCGAUCUCGCCUGGGGGUAAGCUUGCGAGCUUCGUCAACUCUCUCUUUGCAAACUUGAAGAAGAAGCCAAAGAUCGUUUUGGAAACCUUGGGAGGGAAUUGUGAUGAGAGCACUAGGGUUAACUACUCGAAGUCGAAGUCGGCCCCGUCUUACGAUUAUCCUUCUUCGGCUUCGUCAUAUUCGAGGUCGUGCCUCAGCAAAACUCCUUCUUCCGGGGUCAAAAUGAAUAUCAACAACGGCACCAAAAGGUCGGUGAGAUUCGAUCCUGUUAGUGUGAUCGUGGGUGAAGAUUCCCAGCCCUGUGGUCGUAAAAACCUUCCCGAGGAAGAUGGCAUCCAUGUUCAUGCAUUGGAGGAGAACAGGAGGGUAGCCGAGGCUGCAAGAAAGUUGCUGGAGAGUUAUCGAAGGACGAAAUACGACCCGAAAACAUGUCAUGAUGAUCUGAGCGAGGAUGACGAGGAGAACGAAGACGGAGCAAGUAGUUGCUCUAGUUCGGAUCUCUUCGAGUUGGAUAACUUGUGUGCUAUGGGGAUCGAGAGGUAUAGGGAAGAACUGCCGGUUUACGAGACGACCCAUGUUGGUACUAAUCGAGCUAUAGCUAGUGGUUUGCUUCUGUAAAAGUACGGGCUAAACUCGGAUAUGGUAAUUCAGUUUCAUAUCCUCGAGCUCUUAUGUUUCCGUCAAGUCAUAUUUUCUCGAUGUGGUGAUUGGCGAGUUCGUUAAUUACUGUCCAUGAUCAUUGAUCAAUCAUCGACGAAGGGGCGGAUUUGAGAAGCUGCGCCCGAAAGUUCGAAAACUUGAUCGGAAGGACGGACAAGCUUGUAAAGCAGAACAAGUUUGAGGGCUAUAUCCGGACUUGAUCCUGAAUAUGUGUGAGUUCUUGCAAUAGAAAAUUUUACAAGUUAAUCGAUGGGGAGUGGGGUAUACAUGGGAAAUUAAUUAGAAGAAUUUCUCUUUUAAUUAUUAUUAUUCACUUUGUAAUAUCUCUUUUCUCCUUAAUUAAUUGAAUGAAUGUUUCCAAAUAUUAAUUUUUA